GCUAGCGAGUAGCUCCGGAAAGAGCCGAAGGUUACCGAACGCCAGUGGGCCGAGCGGCUCCGGAGCGGCCCGAAGGCGCCCGAGCGUCCGUCCUGCCGGACUGCUGGAGGCGGCCGCAGCGCCAUGUUUGAUGCUCCGCUACUUCAGUGAGGAAAAUCCGCCGGCAUCGCCCGAGAGCCGCUACCGCGAAGGGCUCCGCUGCCCCCGGGGAGGGGGACCGAGACCCCCCGCCGCCGGCGGCUCAUGAGCAGCGCGGCCUGAGCCGCUUCCCCCCCUCCCUCCCUCCCUCCCCUCCCCGCCGGCCCCUCUCCCGUCCCCUCCCCGCGCCGAGCCCCUCCGGGAGGCGCGUUGUCACGGAGACCGGCGCCGGUGCCGGCCCGCCGCGCUGCCCCGGCCGCCGCACCAGCCCCCGGCCCGCUCCCCGGCUCCCCCCCGGCCCCGGCCCUGCUCCCCGCCGGGGGGUGGUGGCUCCGCUUGGCGAUGAGUUUACCGCAGAAGGCGGCUUUGAAACCCGGCGCGGCGGCGGCGGCGGGGACCGGCCCCGGGAGCGGGGCGGCGGCGGCAGCGGCGGCAGGGCCGCCUCCCCCCUCGGCACCCCCUCACCCGGCGCCGGCGCCUCACCCCAACAUCAGGGCCUUGCCGCCCCAACCACCCCAGCAGAUCCCCCGAGGUGCUGUGCAGCAGCCCCUGGAGGAGAGGAUCUUCACGCCCACCGUCUCCGCUGUCUACAGCACCUUUAUCUCCACACAGGUAACCCAAGUAGCAAGACAGCCUGGUCCUCCUGCCCCAUCCCCUUACACUGCACAUGAGAUAAACAAGGGACACCCAAACCUUGCUGCGACGCCACCGGGACAUGCGGCGUCCCCUGGGCUCUCACAGGCUCCUUACCCCUCAGGACAGAAUGCAGCUCCAACCACGUUGGUGUACCCUCAAGCCCCUCAGACAAUGAACACGCAGCCUCAGACCCGCUCGCCGCCCAGCAGAACAGUGCCAAUACAUUGCACAGACAACUGGAAGAGGAGGAAGGUUUUGGAACAGAGCCCGGUUUACAGGUCCCUGGCUGGAAGAGGCUGGAUAAAAUACUGCAUUUUUGCAGCGGGGCCUCGACCUGCCCAUCACCAGGGAGGAUUCAGACCUAUACAGUUUUUUCAGAGGCCUCAGCUCCAGCCUCCGAGAGCCACCCUCCAGAACAGCAGCCCUUCCAUCCGUCCUGGGGCGCAGACGCCGACCGCGGUCUAUCAAACCAACCAGCACAUCAUGAUGGUCAAUCACCUGCCAAUGCCCUACCCGAUGCCUCAGGGCCCCCAGUACUGUAUCCCACAGUAUCGUCACAGUGGCCCUCCCUAUGUCGGCCCCCCCCAGCAGUAUCCAGUUCAGCCACCAGGACCAGGGCCCUUUUAUCCAGGACCAGGUCCUGGAGAAUUCCCCAAUGCCUAUGGAACACCUUUCUACCCAAGCCAGCCAGUCUAUCAGUCUGCACCCAUCAUAGUGCCUACACAGCAGCAGCAGCCUCCACCAGCUAAGAGAGAGAAAAAAACGAUCCGGAUCCGGGAUCCAAACCAGGGAGGCAAAGACAUAACAGAAGAGAUCAUGUCUGGAGGGGGCAGCAGGAACCCGACCCCCCCCAUCGGCAGACCCACGUCCACGCCUACGCCGCCUCAGCAGCUGUCCAGCCAGGUCCCUGAGCACAGCCCUGUGGUCUAUGGGACCGUGGAGAGCGCCCACCUCGCUGCCAGCACCCCCGCCACGGUGACCAGCAACCCCAAGCAAGAAGAGAAGCCAAAACCAGAUCCAGUAUUAAAACCUUCUUCUCCAGUCCUCAGACCAGAAGCUGCCGGGGAGAGCAAAGAUCCAGCUGGCCAGAUGGGCGAGGGCACCUCAGUGGAAAGCUCCCCAGAACCUCCUCUCGCCCCAUCGCCCCCCCCCGCCGCUCCCAUCGCGGUCGUCUCUGCUGCUGCCGCCGCCGCCUGCAGCAAACUCAUCCCCGCAGCUGGCUCGGAGGAGGAAUGCGAACUGCUGCCCCCGAAGGGGGAGGCACUGCCGGUGCCCAGCGCCGUGCCCUGCACGGACACGUCGGAGCCUUUGCCAGCGGAGCAGGCGGGCGCCGAGGCGUGCGAGGAGCCCAGCGGCGCCGUGCCCGGGGCCGUGCCCGGUGCCGUGCCCGGGGCUGCUGGCAUCGCUCUGAGGAGUGACCCCAGCGGCGGCGAGGACAAAGUGACUGCCGCGGAGAGCGCUGCAGCCGCGGCCCCGGCGGCUCCUGCCCCAUUGACUGCUGAGGCAGAGCCGGCAGAAGCUCCUCCGGCGCCCGCCGAAGCCUCCCCCUCGGCUGCCGGCGCUCCGCUCGCCGCCCCCUCUGCUCCCCCCACCCCACCGCCCACCCCUCCGCCGCCCUCUCCUCCCACUGCUGCUGCUGCUCUCACCACUACAACUCCUUCUCCACCUCCUCUUCCGUCUCCGAGUGCCCUCCCUGUUGUCCAGGGGGAUUUAGAAGGAGAGGAGAGCACAAGAACUACUCUUAACGAAGAGGUAAAAGAUGCUGACAGGAAGAAGGAGGCAGAGGCAGCUGGGCAGCUGGAGGAGAGCACCGAGGCUCCCAGUUCAAACCUGAGCAAGAGUCCUGUCCCAGCCCCAGCAGCUCAAACUGCACCAAAGACCUGGAAGAAACCAAAAGAGAGAACCCAAGCUGCUGAGGAGGUGGCAGAGGCAGAAACAGAGCCUAAGGGAGAAGAGGAGCUUUCAGGUGACAAAGUACUUGAAUCUGACCAGGAGCAAAUGAGCCAUGGGUUGCAACUGGAGAGAGACUGCCCUGGGCUGCAGAAAGCAAACGCUGUGGAAGAGAACGGGGAGCAGGAGGCAGAAGCUGUGCGGAACGGCGCCGAGAGCGUCUCGGAGGGAGAGGGACCCGAGGCCAACUGCGGCUUCCCGGAGGGCUCCAGCGACCUGCCCCUCUACCAGUACAAACCAGAGCAGUGGAAGCCCCUGGACCCAGAGGGGAAGAAGCAGUAUGACAGGGAGUUCCUGCUGGACAUCCAGUUCAUGCCUGCCUGCAUCCAGAGGCCCGAGGGGCUGCCCCCCAUCAGCGACGUGGUCCUGGACAAGGUGAGAGGAGAGCCCAUAAAGCAGGUCAACCAGCCCAAACUGCCCCUGCGAACCCUGGACCCUCGGAUGCUGCCUCGAGGCCCAGACUUCACCCCAGCCUUUGCUGAUUUUGGGAGGCAGACCCCAGGUGGAAGAAAUGCUCCUGGAAGUGCCUGCAAAGUGCAGAGCAACCCUGGAUUGCCCUCCCUGGCUCGGUGCGGGCCCCCAGCAUGCCCUCUCUUGGUCUCGCCUCACCCACCAUUGAGGAACCUGCCACUAGGGUUGUUGAAUGUUGGCCCGAGGAGAUCCCAGCCAGGCCAGAGGAGAGAGCCCAGGAAGAUCAUCACUGUGUGUGUGAAGGAGGAUGUCCACCUGAAGAAGGCAGAGAACGCCUGGAAGCCAAGCCUCAAGAGGGAGAACCAAACAGAGGACCCUGAGAACGUCAAAACUCAGGAGCUGUUCCGCAAGGUGCGAAGCAUCCUGAACAAGCUGACCCCUCAGAUGUUCAACCAGCUGAUGAAGCAGGUGACAGAUCUGACAGUGGACACUGAGGAGAGGCUGAAAGGAGUCAUCGACCUGGUCUUUGAGAAGGCCAUCGACGAGCCCAGCUUCUCAGUGGCCUACGCCAACAUGUGCAGGUGUCUCGUCACGCUGAAGGUGCCCAUGGCAGACAAGCCAGGCAGCACUGUCAACUUCCGCAAGCUGCUGCUGAAUCGCUGCCAGAAGGAGUUUGAGAAGGACAAGGCUGACGACGACGUCUUUGAGAAGAAGCAGAAGGAGCUUGAAGCUGCUACCACUCCCGAGGAGAAGACACGGCUCCACGACGAGCUGGAGGAGGCCAAGGACAAGGCCCGGCGGAGAUCCAUCGGGAACAUCAAGUUCAUUGGGGAGCUGUUCAAGCUGAAGAUGCUGACAGAGGCCAUCAUGCACGACUGCGUGGUGAAGCUGCUGAAGAACCACGACGAGGAGUCCCUCGAGUGCCUUUGCCGCCUGCUGACCACCAUUGGCAAGGACCUGGACUUUGAGAAGGCAAAGCCACGCAUGGAUCAGUAUUUCAAUCAGAUGGAGAAGAUUGUGAAGGAGAGGAAAACGUCCUCGAGGAUUCGCUUCAUGCUGCAGGAUGUUAUAGACCUAAGGCUGUGCAACUGGGUGUCAAGGAGGGCAGACCAGGGCCCCAAGACCAUCGAGCAGAUCCAUAAGGAAGCCAAGAUUGAAGAGCAGGAGGAACAGAGGAAGGUCCAACAACUCAUGACCAAAGAGAAGAGGAGACCAGGUGUGCAGCGGGUGGAGGAAGGAGGCUGGAACACUGUGCAGGGGGCAAAGAACAGCAGAGUGCUGGACCCCACCAAGUUCCUUAAAAUCACCAAGCCCACAAUAGAUGAGAAGAUUCAGCUUGUGCCUAAAGCCCAGCUGGGCAGCUGGGGGAAGGGCAGCAGCGGUGGAGCCAAGGCGAGCGAGAUGGACUCCUUACGACCAAGUGCCACCAGCCUGAACAGGUUCUCUGCUCUGCAGCCCCCAGCCUCAGCUGUAUCUGCCUCACCUGCAUCCUCAGAGCUCGAUUCUCGCAGGGCCUUAACUAGCCGCGGGAGCACAGGCAGGGAGAAGAACGACAAAGCUCUGCCGCCUGCCCUCGCCCGCCCCAACACCUUCCUCCGCGGCAGCAGCAGCAAGGAGCUGCUGCUGGACAAUCAGGCGCAGGAGGAGCAGCGCAGGGAGAUGCUGGAGACCGUGAAGCAGCUCACGGGCGGCGUGGAGGUGGAGAGGAACAGCAGCGACGCGGAGAGGAGCAGAGCCAAGGAGCCUGCCAAGCCAGAAGCUCCCCCAGCUCCAGCACAAGAGAAACCUUCCCUGUCAGAAGAGGAAAUAGAGAGAAAAUGCAAAUCUAUCAUCGAUGAGUUCUUGCAUAUUAAUGACUUUAAGGAGGCGAUGCAGUGCGUGGAGGAGCUGAGUGCCCAGAGCCUGCUGCCCAUCUUCGUGCGAGUGGGAGUGGAGUCGACGCUGGAGAGGAGUCAGAUCACCAGGGAUCACAUGGGCCAGCUCCUGCACCAGCUGGUGCAGGCAGGGAAGCUCAGCAAGCAGGACUUCUUCAAGGGCUUCUCAGACACCCUGGAGCUGGCAGACGACAUGGCCAUAGACAUCCCCCACAUCUGGCUGUACCUGGCCGAGUUGGUGACCCCCAUGUUAAAAGAAGGAGGAAUCUCUAUGAGAGAACUUAUACAAGAAUUUAGCAAACCUUUGCUUCCUGUGGGAAGAGCUGGAGUCUUGCUUGCUGAAAUCUUGCACCUUCUAUGCAAACAAAUGAGCCAUAAGAAAGUGGGAGCCUUAUGGAGGGAGUCUGGCCUCAGUUGGAAGGACUACUUGCCCGAGGGGGAGGAUGUACAGACCUUUCUCAUGGAACAGAAGUUGGACUUCACCGAGUCCGACGGUUCCAGUUCCUCAGAAGCACUUUCAGAGAAGGAACUCUCUGCAGAAGAGCUGAGCAAGCAGCUGGAAAAACUCAUCGUGGAGGACAAGGCCACUGAUGAACAAAUCUUUGACUGGGUAGAGGCUAACCUAGAUGAAAGCCAGAUGAGUUCACCUACAUUCCUUAGAGCUUUAAUGACAGCAGUUUGUAAAGCAGCUAUUAUAGCGGACUCGUCCAGCUUCCGUGUGGACACUGCUGUGAUCAAGCAGAGAGUGCCCAUCCUGCUCAAGUACCUAGACUCAGACACAGAGAAGGAACUACAAGCACUUUAUGCACUACAAGCAUCAAUAGUAAAACUUGAUCAGCCUCCUAAUCUGUUGAGGAUGUUUUUCGACUGCCUGUACGACGAGGAGGUGAUUUCAGAGGAUGCCUUCUACAAGUGGGAAAGCAGCAAGGACCCAGCGGAGCAGAACGGCAAAGGAGUGGCGCUGAAAUCCGUCACCGCCUUCUUCACCUGGCUACGGGAGGCCGAGGAGGAGUCGGAGGAUAAUUAAAACUUAAAACAGAGAGAGAGAGAGAGAGGGGGGAAAAAAAAACAAACAAACAAAAACAAAAACAAAACCCACAGGAAAAGAAAGAAAGAAAGAAAGAAAGAAAGAAAGAAAGAAAGAAA